AUGGUCUUCCCAGCAACCAAAUUAAUAACGCUUGUAGCACUUUGUGUUAUCGUUUUCAUAGAUAUUUGUCUAGCGUCACCUUCAUCGUUAGUUGCUAUAGAGUCACAAAAUGAAAUAAAAUAUCCGUUUGAGGAAAAACUUACAUUAGAACCAUUACCCAAUAAUUUUUUAUUUGCUUCAUUCCAGUUUUUAUUAGCUUCAAAUGAUUUCUUAAUAAAUAAAAAAAACAUAGAUCCUAGUAAAUUCACACAUUACACAGUUUUCCCCAAGUCUAUCUCGCCCAUCCUAGAACAGACAGAUACCAAAAAAUUGUCUUUAAGAUUUACCCAUGGGUUGUGGGACUCUAAGAGCUGGGGUAAGCUACCACAUAAUGGCUACAAUUCUGGCGGCUCGGGUGUUGAGAUAUGGGGACUAAUAGAAGCUAGAAACAAUACAGAUGCUAUGAGUAAAUGGAACCAAUUAACUAAUCAAUUGAGCGGAUUAUUUUGUGCAUCUAUAGAUUUUAUUGAUUCAUCAAAAACCACUUUCCCAUCUAAUUCUGAUGUUUUCUUAAAUAAUUUGGAAAGCAUCCCAAUGACUGAUCCUUUGGAAAAUUCCUUAUUUUUGAUGAGAGGUUCUUUAGCCAAUGAACCAAUUUGUACGGAAAAUUUAACACCCUUCAUUAAAUUGUUGCCAAAUAGGGAAAAAUCCGGCAUUGCUUCCCUACUAGAUGGACAUAAGGUAUUCGAUUCAUUUUGGAAUUCGAUGUCUUUAGAAGUUGACACUAUUUGUUCUGAUGAUGGUAUUUGUCACUAUGUUUUGGAAAUAUUGGUUGAAACAGUGCUUAACGUCCCUCAGUUGCUAAGUAGAAACAAGAAUCCUAUUCCUAAACCGAGUACCAGUGACGAACUAAGAUGCGAUCGUUCAAAAAACACCGAUGAAGUGCAAUGUUUUCCAUUGCCCGAAAAAAGUAAUUAUGAUUAUCAUCUUUCUGAUUUAUUUGGUAAAAAGGUGAAUGGCAAUAAUUUGCUAUCUGAAACGUAUUCAAAGGUCUGCAUGGUUAGUGCUAGUGCCGAGAAUUGGAAAAUUUUUAUUAAAAUUGGAGAUGAUUACUUCAGCACAAGUGAUAAUUGUUAUAAUUUAAACGUGGAUUCGCCAAUUGACUUUUUCAUAGAAACAGAAGAUAGCUCGGAUGUUAGUGUCAGAGAACAUGCACCGGUUCAUGUGUCAAGAUCUUUAACAGGGUACAGUCAAGAUAGGGGAGGACUACGUAUUUCCUUCUGGAAUCCAUCUGUUGAUAAAAACAUCGACGUUGUCUAUUUUGAAAGUUUACCAUGGUUUAUGCAGCCUUACUUGUCCUCGUUAAGCUUGGAGUCAGAUGCCAAUACGAUUAAUGAUGAGCUAGGCGAAAUAAUUAAAGAUACCUAUUUCUUACCCGCAAUUGAUAGAAAAAGACCCUCUCAUAUCGAGUUUCAACUAAAUGUUCCAGCAAACACCACAAUCACAAUGAGCUAUCAAUUUGAUAAACCCUUGUUAAAAUAUGCAGAAUAUCCACCAGAUGCUAACCAUGGGUUUGAAAUCGAGUCGGCAUUUAUUGCGGUCAAAGGUUGGAGUAGCGAUAGCCACAAAAAAGGCAGGGAGGAAAUAUAUUUCCUAAGAACCCCCACUUUGUUAUUAUCCUUAAGUACACCAGAUUUUAGUAUGCCAUAUAAUGUGAUUAUUUUAACUUCGACUGUUAUGGCCAUGAUUUUUGGAAUGAUAUUUAAUAUGAUGACCAAAAGAUUCAUCACUGUACAAAAAGCAGACGAAAUAGCAUCCAAAUCUAAGAUUCGUCAAUUGGUUGGCAAGUUGAAAAACUUAAAAAGGGUGGCGAGUUGA